GUCGCCGCCGCAGCCGCCGCCGUCGCAGCCGUCGCUCCGGCCGCGGGCACAGUCAGCACCGCGGACAGCGCCCCCACUGAGCCCCUCCGCACCCCCAUCAUGACGGCGGAGACGCACCUGCAGGGCGUGGAGAUCUCGGCCGCCCAGUUCUUCGAGAUCUGGCACCACUACGACUCCGACGGCAAUGGGUACAUGGAUGGGAAGGAGCUACAAAACUUCAUCCAGGAGCUGCAGCAGGCACGGAAGAAGGCAGGCUUGGACUUAACACCUGAAAUGAAAGCUUUUGUGGACCAGUAUGGCAAAGCUACUGAUGGAAAAAUAGGAAUUGUUGAGCUUGCUCAGGUGUUGCCGACGGAGGAGAAUUUCCUGUUGUUCUUUAGGUGCCAGCAGCUAAAGUCAAGUGAAGACUUCAUGCAGACAUGGAGAAAAUAUGACAGUGACCACAGUGGCUUCAUUGAUUCUGAGGAACUUAAGAGUUUCUUGAAAGAUUUAUUACAGAAAGCAAAUAAGCAGAUUGAAGACUCAAAGCUAACAGAAUAUACAGAAAUAAUGCUCAGGAUGUUUGAUGCAAACAAUGAUGGAAAGUUGGAGCUUACUGAACUAGCCAGGCUACUCCCAGUACAGGAAAACUUUCUUAUUAAAUUUCAGGGUGUCAAAAUGUGUGCAAAAGAGUUCAAUAAAGCCUUUGAGAUGUAUGAUCAAGAUGGAAAUGGAUAUAUAGAUGAAAAUGAACUUGAUGCACUACUGAAGGAUCUCUGUGAAAAGAACAAAAAGGAAUUAGACAUUAACAACCUUGCGACAUACAAGAAAAGCAUCAUGGCCUUGUCUGAUGGAGGAAAGCUUUACCGAGCAGAACUGGCUCUCAUUCUCUGUGCUGAGGAAAAUUAAAACCCUUCUCUCAUGUCCACUUAACUAGUGAUGUAUUCUAUCUACACGAUAACUGUGCACUAUAAGGGAGUAGGCUGUAUUUUUAAACUGCAUAUAGAAAAUUAGCCAGGAUGUGUGGCACAUUCCUUUAAGUUUGUUUCUAUACUGUUUGUAAUGUACAGUUUUUGUAACAAUAAGAUUGAUAAAGAGAAUGUCUAUGUUUGGGCCAGUCUGUAUAUUCAAAAGAAACUAAAACAUGUUGGGGUUGGAUUUUUUUUUUUUGCUUUUUUUUUUUUUUUUUGCUUUCAUGAACAUGCCUGAAAAAAAUUACACCUGCCGAUGUUGUGGUUACCAUAUCCUUUGACACUUGCAACAUUUUUCCUUGUUGAUCUACCUAACAAAAGGUCUAGAAAUCUCUCUUCCACUUACAACUACACGUUUGGGUUUUUUUGUUUGGGUUGUUGGUUUUUUUGUUGUUUUUGUUUGUUUGUUUGUUUUUAAAGUAUGAUACAAAUUCAGAGGAAAUAUGAUUUAGGUUGGAAUAGGAAAAAGAAGUAGGCAUGUCUACACUCCAAAAGUUACCAAGAAAUAUUUCCAGUUGUCAAACCACCCACUUACAGGUCUGUGCUCUCUGUAGUUUUUCAACUACUCUUCUCAUUAUGAACUCAGAGUAGAUAGAGGAAGCAUUUAUCUGGGAUAGAUCUCCACGCAGUAGCUGACAAAAAAUAUACUGUUCUCAAUCUUGCUGUUUAACUUUACCGAAUUUAAACAUAGGCAGUUCAGAAACAAAUGCCUUUAAUCUGUCUUGUAAUCCUGGCUAAAUGACAGAUAGCAUAGUUAAUACACAGAUUAACAUAUGAUAUUAUAAGUUUACCUUUCACGACUAUUGCUGUGUCAGAGAAUAUGACAAUCCAUUUUCUAAACUAUUUUCACAUUUUGCAGGUUAUAUUAUUCUAGUAAAUUGCUGUUUUUACAUCAUAUUCUGUGUAAUCUAUGAUUAAAUUUAAUAUCCUAAGACUAUUGUUGUCUAGUUUGUCUAUCUCCUGGAUGUUCUUUUCAUGUAAAGGACAAAACAAUUAUUUUGAAAAGUUGUGCCUCCUUGGAUCUUACACUGAGUUAUUAAUCUGUAAUAAUACUAAUAAAAGUUAACACUAAAAUAAACACAAGACCUAGUAAAGAUUUUAUAACAGUUUAGUAAUUCAGUUUACCCGUGCUCUGCUUUUUAUUAAGCUAGAGAGGUAUUUUUUUAAAUGUGAAA